CAUAAUUGCCUGUGAAAGUUCGUGCGUCCUGGCACGGGACCAUGCCCACGUUUCCAGGUACAGCCAUCUUCGGAACUGCCAUGUACGUAGGAAGAUAACAAACUCGCUCUCUCUAUCCUCCUCUCCAAUGCCGUUCCUGGCCUUUGAGGAUGUGAUCGACAACAUUGUAGAUGGGCUCUUCCUCGACAAAGUGGACGACGACGGGGUUUGGGAUGACACGAGGCUGCCUAAGAACUUCCUCGCACUCGCGCUUGUGUGCCGCGCAUUCGUGAAUCCUGUCCGACGCAAUCUGUACCGUGAUUUACACGUCGAAGGAGUCGAACGGUUCCUGCUGCUCACCGGCCAACUGCGCUUCUGCCCGCACCUCGCCAAGUUCGUGAGAAGCGCCGACCUCUACUCAACUUGCAGCCAAACAAGGUUGCUCGACGGGUAUCAGACGCACUUCAGUGUCACCGCUGCGUGGGAGCCCCGGUCACUGAGCGCUACAGCGUUUCGCUGGUUUCUCGAGGCAUGCCCACAACUCACAAUUGUCAGACUGUAUGGCGGUGACAUGGUCUGGGCGCUGUCUGUGCAGUCACCCCCGACGGUGAAGCUCACGGAAGUCCAUCUGACCGGGUGCAGACAAUGCGAAAACUGCAUGGGUAGUUUGCAGCGCGGAUGGCUGAAGAACAUCGUUGCGUUCCCAUGUCUGAAGGAAUUGGACAUCUCCGAGCUGUCCAUCGGCGGAGAAGGCGCAGAAGACAUCGCAUUCGCUCUUCCCGCCCGGUCGUCUCUAUGCACCGGCCUAUCGAUCUCGAAUAUCAACAAGCCUGUCGUUUGCGAUGGUCUCUCGGCACUCUUCCGUAGCAUGUCCGGCUUGAGAGAGCUAGUUCUUGAUGGCUUGGCUCCCAUGCGCCGAGGCCAGCUAAAGAAGUGCUUGGAUCUGCUCGCGAACACUCUCGAGCUUCUUACCAUCACCGACUACCAUUCACAAGAGGGCCGGCCUCGGCAUUGGGAGGAUUCUACGAUCGCUAGUCUCCAUCGGCUCAAGAUACUCAGUCUGAACGGUGUUCCGGUUACGCCGUCCAUUCUCGACAAGCUUCCGUCCCGCAUCGAACAUCUUCGAGUCUCAAGACUCUCGGUGAUUGCACUUCCAGUCCCGGUCGUCGGCGCGUGGCUGAGACGUGACCAUUUCCCAUUGAAAGAUGUGCUCAAGAAACUCGAAAUGAUUGGCGAGCUGCGAGCGAAUAGUGCCGCUCGAGGUCGGCCGGCUGCCCCAGGCCAAGUCGACGAACUCGCCCAUCUCUGCGAUCGCAUGGGGAUCGAAUGGAUACAUCGGCGAGAACGUCACUGUUGAUAAAUAACUGCGUGUUGUAUGUAGUUACCUGUACACUUCUUGUUGUUGUGUUGGACUUCUCUUCUUCUACGUGAACUUCCCCUCCUUCCAGCGACGUACGUGCGAUCCCAUCUCGACUGCGGCUAGGCCCCAAUCUUCGCCGUGAUUGUGACUGCCGGGGGCAAGACCCGCGCGCUGAAGCGCUUGCUCGUCCGUCAGCGCCGUGAGCACACCAAAGAUGACUGGCACGCCGGUGUCUAGCUGGACUUUCAUCAGCGCGUGCGAGACCGCGUCGCAGAUGUAUUCGAAGUGCAUCGUCGAGCCUUCAUGUUCGUAAGCACGGUCGUCAGGCAUGAAUUCUAGAGCUGCGCUAGGUCGCAUACCUUUGAUGAGCACCCCAAUGGCAAUCACGGCGUCAAACGGCUCGUUGGGCAUGGUCACGACACCGGCUGGUGCAGGUGUGCCGCUGCGCGACAACUGGGGGCUUCCCAUCGACAGUCCGCUCAGCAGAUCCGUCACAUUCGACGCGGCUUGGACGUGCGAUCCGGCGAUUACACUGCAGGGUCGGUAUGAAAGAGCUGGGUGACAAAAGAGCGAUCAUAUACAGACCGGGAGCAAGCUAACGGAAGUUCGAAGCUUCCGGGGACGGAUUGGACGAUGAUGUUGCUCUCCUUCACACCGCUCUCCUUGAGCUUGGAGAUCGCGCCAGCGAGGAGGGCGUCGAUGACUGCCGUGUUCCAGCGUGCAUGGACGAUGCAGACGCGCAACGUAGAGCCGUCGUACUUGACUGGAGACGCGGUGAGGCCUUUGAUGGUGUGGCUCAUGAUGGUGAUAAGUAUGAGAUGCCUUUUCGGGCGGUGAGGCCAAAUCGUAGCCAAACAGCCUGUCUGUGUUCCCUUACAUCCGGCCACUUGGACAGAUGACGUUUCGGACAUUCUCAAGAAGGAUGUGCUUACCCUCGUCAUCCAUUCCUGGUAGUAGCAGCUGGCGUAUUGCGUUCAGUCUUCUGCGGCCCCAAUUUCGACGACAUCGAAGAGAUACCGCAAAAGAUCGCCCACACUUUCGUUGGCAAUAUCGGUAGGAUCUAGCUCAAUCUUCUCCAGGUUCCCUCGGGAUGGUACUCUCCCUGCUGGCCCUUCCUGAAAUUCAUGAUUGCUAGCAGGACAUGAAGGUCGGAAGGUGCAACGAGCUGAGGGCGACACAUAGAUCAUCGUGUCCAGAUACUCUGCUAUUCCAUUCGCCUUCUGGAAGUGGCUCAGUGUCACCGAACUUCCUUUUCCGUCAAUAUUGCCAUUGCAGCUGAGCUGCGACAGACCCCUUCCUCUACGAACUGCUGUGCUUUCAA